AUGAAGCAAGACGACGCACCGCGCUUAUUUUUCGAGUCCGGCAUCUGUGUAGAAUAUUUCUUGGGAGUGAGUGUCAGUUUUGUAAACCUAUGGCCGAGUGGCUUUGAGCCCUCCGUGUUUAACUAG